AUUUCGUUUCAAUAAAAACUAUAGUAGAUAGAUAUAAAUAAAUUUCGAAAGGAAUACAUACAGUGUACUUAAGAUGGCAUUUCAAUCGGUGACGUCUUUGGAGAAACCAGUGCCGCAUCUUUCGCUGGCUGACUGGAAUGCACGCGUGGGUCGUCUUCGAACCGUGGCAGAUGCUCGACGUGCUGAGGCAUUCGCUUUGAGGCAUUCGGCUCGAUCGCUGCGCAAUGAGACUCGUAUUGAGAGCGAGUGGGCGAACUAUGAAACGAACGAGGCUCUGAGGGAUCGCAUUGACGAGCUGAAUAGCUGGCGCAGCAUCAUAUCCAAGACGUUUGAUCGCAUCGAGCUCGAGAUUAAAUUACUGCAGGACGAGAAAAUAUUGACGGAGCGUGAGCUGGACGCGUUGGCUGGCCCCAUUUCAGUCAUAAGUGAGGUGCUCACUAUGCGUGACAGUCGCUUGGGCUCGGAGAUGACGUACGACGAGCCAGACAACGAGAUCAAGAAUGAACUGAUGGUAUUGGAGAACAAUCAGCGAUUGCUGGCCGAUCGAUGCCAAAAGGCGUGGGAGAAGCUGACACGUCUGGAGGAAAUUCGCUACAAGAUAGGCAUGGAGAUUGAGAACAAAGUUGAGGCGGUGGAGCUGGACUUUUUGCAACUGGCGCUAGAUCGUUAUUCUUCUAGCUUGUCCUAUAAGCCAGAUCCCUUGCGUAAUCCCCAAAGCUCCUGUUCAUAUGACGCUUGGCUAAGUCAUGUGAAGCACAUGAAGCAAUUAGCCGAGGAUGAACUGGCUGAUACAUCUUCCAUACGGGAGGCGCUCUUUGCUUGCCGUGAAAAAGCUCGCAACAUGCUGCACGCGCAGGAGGACCGUGCAGAGCACACCAUUAGGAAGCGCAUUUUCGAGACCCAGCGGGCUCGCAACGAGCUGGAGUGGCAGAAGCUGAAGAUGAAGGAUGAAAUGGACAGUGCUGUAUGCGAGAUUAAGACUCUGGAGGAUGCUUUGAACGACAAGUCCGAUUCGCUUAAGUUGGCCGAGACGCGUCUGGAAAAUCGUGCUCAGCGUAGCGGCAUGGAGCUGUGCAUGGAUCGUGCCCACGACCUGCUCUGCCAGGAGGUGGAGAAACUGCGUGAAAUACGCAGAGUUCUCAAACAGAAGAUCGAUGAUGCUAGGGCUAACUUCAAUGCGCUCUCGGAUCACGCGCAGGCCAUCGAUGUGGAUCUAGAAAACAAACAACAUGCGCUGAUGACUGACAUUCGUGCCUUGGACUUACGCACCCGGCUCAGGGGCGGAGAGUAUGGCAUUAAAUUGAAGAAUCCCAAUGAUCAGAUGAAUCGCAAUAUUGUUCUUACCCGCAUGGAGGACGAGAUACCACUGGCUUAAGAACUAUUAAUGAUGUGUAUUACCAUAACUCGUGUCUAAAUUCCUGUACUA